UUUUUCUCGCCAACUAAUUUUGUCUUAAAAUAAAAUAUAUAUAUUUUAAUUAAAUACUUCUACGUAACUCAGUGCAAAAGCAGUUGAGAUUUAUCCCAUUUAGCUUUUAUUUAUCGGAGAAACUUUCAUUUCAUUUAGUGUUCAUAUAAAUUAAGGGGAGUGGUUUAAGAGCAAAAAUGAGUUUAACUUCUGCGGGAGGUAUUAUAUCGUUGCUCGAUGAGCCAAUGUCCGAUUUGAAAGUAUUUGCUCUAAAGAAGCUGGACCAUAUCGUUGAUGAGUUUUGGCCGGAAAUAUCUGAAUCUAUUGAGAAGAUCGAGAUGUUACAUGAAGAUCGCACAUUUCCUGAACAUAAAUUGGCUGGGAUGGUGGCUUCAAAAGUUUUUUACCAUUUGGGUUCGUUUGAGGACGCCUUGACUUACGCUUUGGGUGCAGGAGAACUCUUUGAUGUUAAUGCUCGUAAUGAAUAUACGGAGACUAUUAUAGCCAAAUGCAUCGAUUUUUAUAUAGCCCAGCGUGUGGCUGCUAUUGAAAAUCCCAAGGAUGCAAAACCGGUUGAUUCUCGAUUAGAAGGCAUUGUUAAUCGUAUGAUUCAGCGUUGCUUAGAAGAUGGCCAAUAUCGUCAGGCUUUAGGUAUCGCCCUGGAGACUCGUCGCAUGGAUAUUUUUGAAAAAUCUAUUAUGAAAUCAGAUGACGUUGCUGGUAUGCUGGCAUAUGCUUACAACGUGACAAUGUCUUUAAUUCAAAAUCGAGGAUUUCGUAAUGAGGUUCUGCGUUGCUUAGUUGGCCUGUAUCGUGACUUGGGCGUACCAGAUUAUGUAAAUAUGUGCCAAUGUCUGAUUUUCCUGGAAGAUCCUUUGGCAGUAGCAGAAGUUUUGGACAAACUUACUAGAUCAACUCAAGAUGCUAGUAAUUUAAUGGCCUAUCAGAUUGCCUUUGAUUUGUACGAAUCGGCCACCCAAGAAUUUCUAGGUAACGUUUUGCAAGCUCUGAAGGAAACUGCUCCUAUACCUACAGCUUUGCCCAGUACCUUUAAACCUCAAGGUACCAAUGCGCCCUCUUCAAAGACAGACGAGGAGAAAGCUAAAGAAGCGGAAAAUGCUAAAACUGUAGACGCCGAAGGUGAUGUAAAAAUAGAGCGCUCUGUAGAGUCUUUAAAUGAUUCAGAAAAAGCUCAUCAAAAAAAUAUCGAAAAACUUAUUUCCAUUCUUGCCGGCGAAGUGACGAUCGAUUUGCAGUUACAAUUCCUCAUACGCAGCAAUCACGCUGAUUUGCAAAUUCUGCGCAGUACUAAAGAGGCCGUAAGGGUUUCAAUAUGUCAUACAGCAACAGUCAUUGCCAAUGGCUUCAUGCACAGCGGUACUACAUCUGAUCAAUUCCUACGAGAUAACUUGGAUUGGUUGGCUCGCGCUACCAAUUGGGCUAAAUUGACAGCCACUGCUUCUUUAGGUGUCAUACAUCGUGGCCAUGAAAAGGAUUCCUUAGCGUUGAUGCAAAGUUACCUACCUAAGGAGACCGGCCCUAGUUCUGGUUAUUCCGAGGGCGGUGGCUUAUAUGCCUUGGGAUUAAUACAUGCCAAUCAUGGAGCUAAUAUAAUCGAUUACCUUCUCCAACAGCUGAAGGAUGCUCAAAAUGAGAACGUACGCCAUGGCGGUUGUUUGGGGCUAGGCUUGGCUGCCAUGGGUACACAUCGUCAAGAUUUAUAUGAGCAAUUGAAAUUCAAUCUUUAUCAAGACGACGCUGUUACGGGUGAAGCUGCUGGCAUAGCUAUGGGAAUGGUCAUGUUGGGCUCAAAAAAUGCCCAAGCAAUUGAAGAUAUGGUGUCUUAUGCACAAGAAACUCAACACGAAAAAAUUUUACGUGGCCUAGCUGUAGGCAUUUCUUUAACCAUGUUUGCACGUUUAGAGGAAUCGGAUCCCUUAGUUACCAGCCUUUCUACGGACAAAGAUCCAGUUUUACGUCGGUCUGGAAUGUAUACAAUUGCUAUGGCUUAUAAUGGUACCGGGAGCAAUAAAGCGAUCCGAAAACUACUUCAUGUCGCUGUUUCCGAUGUGAACGACGAUGUGCGACGUGCUGCCGUUACAGCAAUCGGUUUUAUUUUAUUUCGUACUCCUGAGCAAUGUCCAUCGGUGGUCAGUUUGUUAGCAGAAUCGUACAAUCCUCAUGUACGUUACGGUGCUGCCAUGGCUUUGGGUAUCGCAUGUGCUGGCACGGGUUUGCGCGAAGCAAUCGCCCUGCUAGAACCUAUGGUCAAAUUUGAUCCGGUUAACUUUGUCCGUCAAGGCGCGUUGAUAGCGUCGGCCAUGAUAUUAAUACAACAUACAGAUCAAACCUGCGCUAAGACUAGCUUCUUCCGUCAAUUAUAUGCCGAGGUAAUCAUAAACAAGCACGAGGAUGUAAUGGCAAAAUAUGGCGCUAUUUUAGCUCAAGGCAUAAUCGAUGCUGGUGGACGUAAUUGUACUUUAUCUUUGCAAUCGCGCACAGGCCAUACUAAUCUCCAAGCAGUAGUCGGUAUGUUGGUGUUCACACAAUACUGGUAUUGGUUUCCCCUGGCUCAUGCUCUAUCUUUGGCUUUUACACCGACAUGCAUCAUUGCUCUUAACUCUGACCUUAAAAUGCCAAAAAUGGAAUUUAAAUCAGCCGCAAAGCCUUCGUUAUAUGCUUACCCGGCUCCUUUGGAAGAAAAGAAAUCAGAAGAGAGAGAAAAGGUAGCAACUGCUGUGCUCUCGAUCGCAGCACGUCAAAAACGUCGCGAGACGGCAGACAAGAAAGAGGAUGAAAAAAUGGAAGUGGAUGAAGAUAAUAAGGAAUCGACUGCGACAGCGAAGAAGGACGAAGACAAGUCGAAAACUGAUGAAAAGGUUGAUGAGAAAAAGAAAAAAGACGAUAAAAAACAAGAAGAGGAUAAAGACUCUACCGCUGACAAAGACAAAAAGGAUAAAAAGGAGCCUGAACCGAAUUUUGAAAUAUUGCAAAAUCCGGCUAGAGUCGUGCGACAGCAAUUAAAAGUCAUAAGUGUGGCUGAAAAUCAAACUUACAUGCCUCUAAAAGAUGUCACCAUCGGAGGCAUUAUUGUAAUGCAACACACAGGUAAAACUGAUCAAGAGUUAGUGGAACCUGUGGCAGCGUACGGACCUAAGAAUGAUGAUCUAAAAGAACCUGAACCUCCAGAGCCUUUCGAAUACACUGAAGACUAGAAAUGUGUUAGCCGGUAAUUUUCAGUAAUCAUUAUUCUAACUCUAAAAGUUAAAUUUCAAUAAAACGCGAUAUAAAAUCUCUUUUUUUAAAUUAUAUGAAUUCGGAGAUAGCCACACAUAUCUAUCUACCUUUUAAAAAAACCAUUCAAAAUUAUCAAUUAUAUAGAAAAUG